AGCGGACGUAGCGUAGUGACGCAGGCCAGCACCACGCACGCUCUCCAGUAGCACAACAAUACGCGUUCCCCGUUCCACCCUCGCCGCUCCCCCUCUUUUCGCGUCGCUCACGGUAUGGCGGACGGCGAGCGGUCCCCAUUGCUUUCGGAUCUCGGUGAUGGAGCUCUCGGCACCGGUAACGGCGGACUGUCUCCUGGAGCGACUCCGCACGGCGCGCCGAACAAACCGCAGAGUUUUCCACCAUUUCCGACUCAACCCCCUGUGUUGCUGGGUGAGAACCCUCCACCGUAUUCCCCUCUGACAUCUCCAGAGAGUGGCAGUGCCCCGGUCAUCAGCUGUAGGGUCUGCCAGUCGCUCAUCAGCGUUGAGGGCAAAAUCCAUCAGCAUGUGGUCAAGUGUGGAGUCUGCAACGAAGCAACACCUAUAAAGAAUGCACCUGCAGGGAAGAAAUAUGUGCGUUGCCCUUGUAACUGUCUUCUCAUCUGCAAGGUCACAUCCCAAAGGAUCGCCUGCCCACGUCCCUACUGUAAGAGGAUUAUAAAUUUGGGGCCCGUCCACCCCGGCCCAGCCAGUCCAGAUCCACAGCCGACUGGUGCUAGAGUUUCAUGCGGACAUUGCAACAACACUUUCUUGUGGACAGAGUUUACCGAUAAGACAUUGGCACGAUGCCCUCAUUGCAGAAAAGUAUCUUCGAUUGGCCAAAGAUACCCCAGGAGGCGGAGUCUGUGGUGUUACCUGCUGUGCUUGCUGUUUAGCAUUUCAGCCGCUGGACUGAUCGCAGGGACGUGGUCCCAGGCACGUGUGUACGGAGGAAUUUACGCCUCCUGGGCGGCAGCCUUGUUACUGGUGGUGUUGACGCUGGCCAGGGCGCUUUACUGGAGCUGCAUGCGGGUCAGCCAACCUCUCCACAACCUCACAUAGAGAGAGCAGAGACAAGAAAGGCUGGCGGAGGAGAGAAGAGGGGUGGUGGGUAAAAUAAAGGCCACAGGACACGAGAAAGAGAGAGAGCAGGAGAGAAUCAACUCUUUGAUUGUGAAUGCAGUAAUGAAGAGUAAAAGUCAAAUCGAGAAACAAGUGGUUAAAAGCUACUCUGACAAAGAAGAUGGCGUUUUAAAGUUACUUUUAUUCUGGUUUUCUCUGGAUGUCUUGUCAUCCGUGAAUAUGAACUGACUUGUUGCUCAUGGUUACAUGCAAAUGUGCUGUUACAUUACACAGAUGAUUCCAAAUACGACACGCAUGCACAUGCACACACACACACGUCUUAAAUUAACCACACUACAAUACAAACAUGUGCACACACUGACACAGGACACAAAUGCUCUCGGAUAUUGAAACAUUGAAAAGUUGCUUGAGCCUCACACACGAUAUGAACAGGUUUGUAGUUUCCUAAUGAAUCAGUACAGGUUGAGCUCCACUAGAGGUCGCCAUUUCAAAACUUCAUGCACAAUAUUUCAUACCGUCACAUCCUGCAGGGAUGUUCAUACUUUCUCUAUAAAGUGGGUCUACAGAUUUAUAAGACAUUCAUGUAACUGGAUUUUCAUCAACUCGAAUCUAAAGUGUACAUAUGCUCAAACGCACACACACACACUCUUCUCCCCUUUGUCUUUAGUUGUGAAGGUUGAAAACAGUAUUUUUUUAUGAUUGUGAAUUUUGUUUGUAAAUAUGUGUUGUUUAUUUCAUGAAUGACUGAACGUUGCACUGUAGCCCUAACAUGCUGUGAUUCCUUUCUAUGUUUUUAUUUAAUUUGAAAAAUCACUACUGAAUAAUCGCUGAUCACAAUUGCUGAUAAUAAUGACCAGAAUAAAAUCGACAUCAAUGAA